AUGAGUUUUCAUCUCAAUGGAAUAUCUCAUGCAAGCUUCAAGAUUUUUUCGAGUCUUGCUGAAUCAUUUUUAGCACUGAUCAUUUCACAUCGAGAAUAUUAUGGUGAUUUCCCUUUUUGUCCAUGGAAACAUGGAACGGAAGCUUGUGAACACAUCUUUGGGUGGAUGCGCGUGAUAUUCCCCAAUUUCAGUGUUCUUGAUGCCCGCCUCAUGAUCCCAAAAAUCAUUGCAGUUGUCAAGAGUAUCAUGACAGGUAGAAUGAAGAUGCCGACAUCCGAACACUUACAUUCAGGGUACCAGAUAUCUUUAACUGAAGAAAAUCCUGAUAACCUUGAUCAUCUGCGUGACUUUCCUUCCAAUAAACAAAUAUCAGAAGAUCUUGAAAUUGCCAAAAAACGUGCUUUUAGUUUGGCAGAAUAUUGUGGAAUGGUUGAAAACGAGCUUGAAGACUUGGACAAUGAUGUAGAGGAAAUUAUCAGAUCAAACAUUGAGAAAGUUCAAGAAAAUUCUCCCGAUAUUUCAACUAGUGCUGCCAAAGACUAUCAAAUAAAAUAUGGGUUUGAAAUGGGGGAAUUCCCUUAG